AUGGAGGCGAGCAGCCGGCUGGAGGAGCGGGGUGAGGCUGGUGCUGGCGAGGCGGGUGGUGCUGACCUGGCCGACGAGCUGGAAAAGUCACGAUCGGAGGCUGGCUUUCUGAAAGAGGAGCUCGUGAGAGCCAAGAACAAAGUGACCGAGCUGCGGGCUCUGUUGGGGCCAAUGGGGAUGAGUGCGCUGAUGGAUGAGGCUGCAGAGGCAGAGCGAUCAGCGAGCAAGUCGAGCAAGGCGCUGGCAGACCUGGAGGCGCGCGCCGAGGAGCAGAAGGAGACCAUCGUGGCCUUGCGGGGUGAAGUGGAGACGCUCGGUGCCCAACUGGCUCUGGCGCAUGCGGAUGAUGCUCAGGUCGCUGCUGCUGGGAAGAGAGCUGCACUGGCUGCGUCGGACCUGUCUGAUGCUCGCGCAGACAACGCGACGCUGCGGGCAGCGCUUGACGCGGCCGAGGCCGAGCUGGCCCAGCUCCGGGCCGAGGCUGCUGCCGGCCGCACGGCUGCGGCCGAGGCAUUUGAGCUGGCUGCUCGCUUGGAGGAGGCCAAGGUGAGCGCGACGACGCUGCGUGGCGAGCUGGCCAGUGCGAGCUCAGCGGCUGCCGAGCUGACCCAGCUCCGCGCCGAGCUCAAGGCGAUGCGCAAGCAGCGUGAUGCACUGGCGCGUGCGCUGGCCGACGAGGAGGCGCGGACUGAGGCGCUCAAGGGCAUGGUCAAGGCGCAAGAAGCCGACGCGCUCGCCGACUACGCCGCUCGAAAGUCGCGCGGUGCGCUCGAGGACCAAGUUGCGGCGCUGACCGCACAGCUCGAGCGGGCUCGUGAUGAAAAAGAAGCGAUGCGCGCAGCGGCGGCGCGGCUGGCCGAAGCUCGCGAAGAUGCAGCAGCCGCCGAGCGGAGCUCGGCGCUCGAGGCUCUCAUUGCCACGUCUGCCGGCAGAAGUAGCAACCAAAAGUCUGCUGCACAGCGCGAGGCCGAUGUGAGGCUGGCCGAUCUCCGCGCUGCGCUACAGGCGGCGGCAGCCGAAAACGCAGCGGUCAAGGACGAGCUCACCGCCGCACGCCACGCCGCUGCGGUCGAGACGGCCAAGGUCAACGACCGCGACGCCACCAUUACUUCGCUCCGCGACGCCCUGGCUUCUGCGCGGGCGAGCGCCGACUCGGCAGCCGAGACAGCACGCGCCGCUGACGGCCGGGCGCGGCAGGCCGAGUCUGCGCUCCGAGCGCGGAACGCGGCGCUUGAUGCAGCCGAGGCUGCCCGCCGCACCGCAGUCGAGGCAGCAGCUGCUGCCACGACACAGGCGAGCGACGCGCUGAGCGCCGCGGGCCAACUGAAAGACGAGCUCAAGGCAGCCGAGUUGCGAAUGCGGCGGGCAGCGAGUGUGGCCGACCGCGCCGAAGACGCUGCGGCGGCUGCGCGCGACGAGAACGCGCGACUGGAGGCCGCCAACAAGGACCUGGCGCGGCAAAUCGAGGCGCAAACGGCGGCAGCGGAGGCGGCAGUCGAGACGGCUCGGCGGGCAGGGGAGCGGAGUGCUUUGCUGGCAGGGGAGCUGGACGCUGUCCGCGGCAAGCUGGCGGCGACCAAGGAGUCCAACGCUGAGCUCCAGGCACUCGCGCGUGAACGAUCAGCAGCAGUGUCGGCGCUGGAGCGCCAGAUGGAUACGGCGUCGGGCUGGCGGAGCUCGGCGGCAUCGAGUGCAGAGGCUGCAGCGUCGAAGCGCGACGAGGCGGCGUCGCUGCGUGCGAUUGUGGCGAGGCUGCAAGAUGAGAACGACGGGUUGCGAAGCGCAGCGGCGGCGGCCGGCGACCGUGAGGCAGCGGCUGUGAACGCCAAGGCGAGGCUGGAGGCCAAGGUUGCGGGCCUGCGAUCGGAGCUGGCGACUGUCCGGGCGCAGCACCGCGAGGAGCGGGCUAUUGUGUCGACGUCGGCAAGCACGGCGGCGGCGGCGUCGUCACGGGCGGCGGCCGCCGCUGCAACGGUCUCGGACAAAGACGAGACCAUUGCGCGGCUGCGAAGCAUGGUGCUCAAGCUGCAGGCGCGGCUGGCGGGUGCUGGUGCUGACGAGCAGGAAGCCAAGAUAGCGAGCCUAGAGGAGCAGGUCGAGCACGCCAAAGCGACGUCAGCACAGCUGCGGCGGGUGCUUGCUACGUACCAGGCCGAGGCGCGCGACGUGUCGCGGGCGGCCGAUGCGAGCUACGGCGGCGUGCCGCGGGCGGCGGACGACGCGGCGGCGGUGGCGAGCAAGCUGCGGAAGGAAAACCGGCGGCUGAAAGAGAUGCUGACGUCGGUGCGAAGUGACAACGAUGCGCUGCGGGCGAUGGUGGCUCGGGCGCGCGGGCGGUGAGUUUGGAUUUAGGAACGAGUCACAGCUCGGGCUUGUUGUCCGAGUCGGCGAGGGCACGGGCGAGGGCGGUAAAAUCAAAGAGGAAUG